AUGAAGUUUGCCAUCAGCGCGACCAUCCUGGCUCUUGCCAGUAUCGUCUCAGCCCAAUGGGCCUGUGAUGCUGGCUUUCAAUGCGGCGCAACCAUUAUCCAUCGUGAUGACAGUGCUUUUUGGGUUCAGAAUCUCAAGAACGCAGAAGCCGCCGUCGGGAGAGCUGGUCAGGAUCCCUUGUGGGACCUCUUCCGUUCCCUGGAAGGGAUAGAUGUGAAGGGUAGGCUUUAA